AUGGAUGGACAGCGGCAACAGUACAUUCCGGGGCCUCCGCCUGCUCAAGCCCAUCCCAUUAAUCUCCCUCCGCCGCCUCCACGCCCACCAGCGCAAAUUCAGACGAUCGUACCGCCGCCGCCGCCGGGCCCACCUCCAUCAACGUACGGAGGAGGUCCGUCACAAUGGCAGCAACCCUGGGGCCGACAGGCCAUGGCUCCAGGCUAUUUGCCUCCACCUCCUCCUAUGCCGAACCAGAGUCAGAACCAGCAUCAGCCAUAUCGUCCAACAGCUCCUUUGUCUAUGCCUCUUGAACCUCUCACAUCCGCGACCUAUAUACCCGGCAAUGAUACUAUCGGUGUUGGUAUUCCGCCGUUACUUGAGGCGCAUGGACGGUUGCCUUACGAUGCCUAUCGAUCAGCAGCUAAUCAGGCAUACGAAGGUCCCGGCAACGAAGGAACCUACAACCCGCAAACUCCAGGAGGGCGUACAGCUCCACCUUUUGCUCUCCACAACAAUGUGCACGAGCUUGUGACAAAUGAUGCCCCGCAGCAAAGUACAAGCCAGGGCAUGGACAUCGCGAAGUCUUCCAGCCACCGCCAUAACAACAGCGGUACAUCGCUGGGAGGAUUGACUCUUAGUGAAGCUAGUGUGCAGUGGCCGCUCGAUCGUGUCCUUCUCUGGCUGGCGCGAAAUGGAUUCUCUCGGGAGUGGCAAGAGACUUUCAAGUCUUUGGAGAUCCAAGGCGGUGAUUUUCUCGAACUUGGUUUAGCAUCCGGGGACGAGGAAAUUUGGAUUCACGAUGGUGGCACCGAUACAAUCAUUUCUACACCGAUGCGCGCCGAGCCGCCAUCUUUACUUUCCGCCGCUGCUGACAAUGGAUCCGCGUAUUAUUCUACGCAUUUCCCGGAGCCCCGCUCAGCUGGUCCUUCUGGCGGCGUGAACGACAUCAGCGCGAAUCAGCUGGCGGAAUUGCAAGCCCACAAGCAACCUACCGAAAAACGCUCUGUCACUAUGCCAGUUCCUAGCGGCCAUGAUUCCCCUAUGUACAAUUCCCCUUCUCGGGAGUUUCCCUCCUGGCUGCGGUCAGAGUACUCAAGAAAUGCCCUGGCAGCAACCAAUGAUCAUCGCAGGCAAAGUCCCUCGCUUUCCAGCGAUGCUGGUACUUUUUCAAGUGCGGGGCCUCGAAUCCAGGAUAGCCCAAAGAGCGGUAGUCCAGCGACGCAAUAUGUAUCGCCUUCACAUGCGGGGCUCUCAUCCUCUUCAACGGGUGAUCUGACGUUGAAAUAUGACCAUUCUCGUGGAAACAGCACGGAUUCGAUCUCUGGACGUGGAUCUUCUUCGGCCGUUGGCCGAUAUUAUGAUCGUCGACAAGGCCAAGAUAAUGUUCGCCCAUCACCUUCAGAUCCGCCUGUUCGGCCUUGGAGUGGAGAGAACUCUUCGUAUUCGAAAGAUCAUAGCAAAGGGAUUCUUUCAAAUAUCUUUAGCAGACGAAAGCAGGCCAGGAAUGAUUCGAGUCACCCAUCUCCAGAAGAUCACCAUCCAGAUUCGCCACCAAGUCCGGAGCCUCGCGCGAAUGGCCAAUAUCUUCCAUAUUCAAAGCCCGGAUUUAAUUCCAGCGACAUGUCACUGGGCGACCGCCCAUCCUCGGCAACAACGAAGGCGAAGAAGUGGAUUUUCGCAACCAUGGAUGGAACCAAUUACCGUCUGAUUGAUGUUUCUGAAAUGGAAUCUGUCGAAAAUUUACGCUCAGGGAUCUGUCAGAACUUAGGCUUGUCUGAUUGGGCUAAUGCCCAAUUCUUCCUGACAGAGCCCGGGCAGACAGACCACCAAGACCCUCUGAGCGACUCGAAUCUUGACUUUUCCCGCCGAAAUCGGACAGAUGCGUAUGGGUCGCUCAAGUUAUACAUCAAAGGUGGAGGUUCUUCCCAUCCACAACUUCCUACUAUCCCCGUUUUCAAUGGCCUCGGUGUUUCCAUUCCAGGAGACAAGCCGGCUCUGUCUCCUACCGCCGCGACCCAUGCUCCAAUUCCUCGCAAGCCCUUAGAUCAAGAUGCUCUCGACAGAAUCUCCCCCGCAAACCUACACAAAACCAGGCUCGCCUUUGUUGGUCAAGUACUAGAUCCUGAAAAGGCUGAUUUGCUUGCACGGCACGAGGCUCAUCUCCGCGAGGUCGAGCGGAAGCAAAAGGAGCAUAACAUCACUCGACAACCUCCAAUCACACAGCAAGCCCGGAGAGACACUUACGGUGAAAAUGGCUAUAGACGAGACGGGAUCAUUGAUUUCGACUCUCCUCGCGUUUCGCCUUACGAAAAAGAAAAAGAACGAGAGAGGGAGAGAGAGAAGGAGGAGAGAGAAAAGGAGAAGGCAGAGACCUUGGUGCCAUUUCGCAAACCACCCGCGGCGCCAAACGAGUCGAAUACACUUACCAAAGUCAAUUCACUUAGGAAGGCUCCUAGUGAGCGGAGUGCUCGUGCUCAGGCUCCAGGGGCCAUCAAUACUCACGGGCUAGGGGCUAUGAUUACCAGUAUGGGUCGGAUGACAAGCGCUAUUGGCACUCCUGCCCCCUCCGUGCAGGUCCCAUCACAACCUUCUUCUGCCACCCGAGACAGCUUCGCAUCAGAUUCCGAUCGGCCGACAACAUCUUCGAGUAGGACAACGUUUGGUCAGUAUCCAAGCAUAUCGAUUGACUAUAGGUGUGAACUUCAUUCUAUGGGACCCUCUUCUAACUACGUGGAUAUUCCAGACUCCUUGAAAACCAAUCCUUCGAGAAAAGAGUCACCUGAGAAGCCUGCUCUGGUAACUCGCAAGUCAUUUGGCCCAGAGUUCGAUUUCGAAGAGAAUGAAGUCUCCUUCCAACGCACUCCCCAACCUAGUGGUGACUCUGACGAUGAGUCUGACGACGGACUCUUUGCGCUUCCACUCGCCAGCAAGAAAGCGCAGGAAGCUCCACCUAUCCCCAAGCCUGAGAAGAAAAGCGAAAAGCCAAAUCUUACAGUGAACACGGAUCAUGCCAAUCCGCGUCGUGUCAGCUUCAUUUCCCCGAAUACUACUUCCGGAGAGGGCUUUGUCGGACCGUCGACCCAGAGCUCGGCGGGUGAUGCCUCUGACAGCAGGGAUUCAGUGCCUUUUGAUGCUUCCGCUUCCCCCGAAGACGAGAGACCUCUGCGACGUGAUUCCUUUGCUAGAGAUGUAUGGGCUAGCAGACCUCCAGUCGAAGGUGUCAUUAACAAUCUAGAUGACUUCUUCCCAAAUGUUGAUCUUGAUGCUCCAUAUGUGGAUGAGCCUCCAUCCCCGAACAACAGGGAUGCUAUGGAGAAUGACCCCAGCAUGAAGGACAAGCCAGCACUUCCAUCGACUGUAUCGCCACAAAAGGGCGAUGUGAACCAAACUCACGGAGGCGAUCUGUCAAGCACGCGCCCACAACCUGGGUUUGUUGCACGCCGCCAGUUGGACCGCGGUGGUGGCGGUCUUUCGCGGGCGAAAUCCAUUCGAGAGGUAGCCAAGGGUGCAGCUGUGAGGACCAAAAGCAUUGGCUCUACUGGCCCCCAGCAGUCCGGGAUUUUGCGCCGCAAGAGUACAAAGAUGUUCGGUGCCAAGAUUAUGCAAAUCAGCCCUAAGCCGGGUAGCAGGAUCAACCAACUCGACCCCAUUCCUCAGCGCAAAGUAACACCGAAUGGAUCUGUCCCUCAAAGACAGGCUACCUUCCGCAUCAUCCGUGGUCAGCUCAUCGGUAAAGGAACAUACGGACGAGUGUACCUAGGAAUCAACGCGGAUAAUGGUGAAGUUUUGGCUGUGAAGCAGGUUGAGAUCAAUGCGAGAAUCGCUGGAGCAGAUAGGGACCGUAUCAAGGAAAUGGUCGGCGCGCUAGACCAGGAAAUUGACACAAUGCAGCACCUGGAACAUCCAAACAUCGUCCAGUACCUGGGUUGUGAACGAGGAGAUUUAUCAAUUUCUAUCUACCUUGAGUAUAUCUCUGGUGGCUCAGUUGGCAGUUGUCUCCGCAAACACGGCAAGUUCGAGGAGAGUGUCGUCAAAUCACUGACACAGCAAACUCUGAAGGGGUUGGCUUAUCUGCACGACAAGGGCAUUCUCCACCGAGAUUUAAAAGCCGACAAUAUUCUUCUAGAUCUUGACGGCACCUGCAAGAUCUCCGACUUUGGAAUUUCAAAGAAGACCGACGAUAUCUACGGCAAUGACUCUUCCAAUUCCAUGCAGGGCUCUGUCUUCUGGAUGGCCCCGGAGGUCAUCCAGUCCCAAGGCCAAGGCUAUAGCGCCAAGGUUGACAUUUGGUCCCUUGGAUGCGUGGUUUUGGAAAUGUUCGCCGGUCGUCGACCAUGGAGUAGGGAGGAAGCCAUCGGCGCCAUCUUCAAACUAGGCAGUCUUAGUCAGGCUCCGCCUAUUCCCGAUGAUGUCUCCAUGAACAUCAGUCCCGCAGCUCUUGCGUUCAUGUACGACUGCUUUACGAUUGAUUCAUCCGAACGUCCCACCGCCAGCACGCUACUCGGUCAUCCUUUCUGUGAACAAGACCCCAGCUACAAUUUCCUGAACACCGAGCUAUACUCCAAGAUCCGACACGUUCUUUGA